GUAACAACAGCACGUUGUCAAAAACAAGACAGGUAGUGAAGCAUGAGCACGACAGUCAGACAAGUCAAGUAUUCUGGUUAGAAAAGUAAUUUAAAGUGAAUUCAAGUAAAGCCGAAUUCAUGCGGAGAGGGAAAAGUACCCAUUGUCUAACUCCUCACAGAAUUAAAGGGACGACGGAGCAGUAGAGCCGAUUGUCCACCUCCCUGUCGUCCGUCAUGGCUCCACAGAUGAACGAUAUCAUGCGUCUGUGCUGUGAAAUAUCGGCGCACGACCAGAUCAAGGUUGCGGUGAAAAACUCCACCAAAGGAGCGAUGGUGGCAGGAGGAGGCGCCUUCGUCGGCGGGAUGCUCGGUGGACCAGCGGGAAUCGCUGUUGGUGGCGCAGUGGGCGGCCUCCUGGGCAGCUGGCUGACCAGCGGUCAGUUCCGACCUCUGCCGGAGAUCCUGAUGGAGCUGCCGCCCAACCAGAAACAGAAGCUCUACAACGACAUUGUGGGCGUGUUGGGAAACCUGGACUGGACCGACGCUGCCCAGCUCAUCGCCCUCGUGAUGGGCAACGCCACGCUCCAGCAGCAGGUGACCGCCGCGCUGCUCGGCUACAUCGCCAAGGAACUGAGAGCGGAGGUGCGCUAUCAGGACUGAGGUGACGCGUGUGUGUGGUCCGACUUUUCAAAAACACAGUCAUGUCAGAGGUGAAGUCACUCCUAGGUCCGACCUCCGGUGUGAAUGGAACGCAGCAUUAGCUGGAAAUGUUGAGUCAGUAAUUCCCAGCUACCUUUUUUUUCUCUCUUAUAGUUAGGGAAUGCCGAAUCAUCAUUUUCUGUAUCUGCGAUUCUGAAUAAAUUCAUAUUUAAUA